AUGGCCAAAGUUGCACUUAAGGUGUUUGAGAAGAAGGCGCCCAAACCUAGUGCACAGACCGCAAAGGUGGGUAAUGCUUCUUUAAACGUUCCUCAGGUAGAGGAGGUAGGGAGAACUUCUGCUUCCACUAGUGGAAUUGUAAUAAUGUCUGAGCCAGCUCAGGAGGGUUUAUCUCCGUUGGAUGUGGGGGGGGAGAGGGGUCUCUGGACCCGAGAAACAUGA